GUUUUUGUUACCGUAAACGUCUCGUCCUAAUUGCUUUGUUUUUGUCUUUAAAAAAAUUAAUGUUAUUAUUGAAGAUCGCAAACGUCUCUUCCUAAAUGCGUUUUCAACUUAAACACAUCAAUGUAAUUAUUGGUGACCGUACACGUCUGUUCCUAAAUGCUUUUCCCCCUUAAAAACAUUAAUGUAAUUAUUGGUGACCGUACACGUCUGUUCCAGCGUCCAUGAAGUUCGUGCUUCCCUCCCACGUGUACGCCAUCAAUCACUACAUCUGCCAGUACCCCGCCAACCUGGCCGACAUGAGUCUGGAUCACGUCACUCUGGACUCCCAGUGCUUCCUGAAGGACAACCAAGGUUAUUUGACCUUGACCUUUGACGCCAGAGAAAACAUGCUAUACUAUUUUGGGAACCACACAAAGACCAUCAGUCGGAUACCCAUGGAGCUGGGCGGCAAAGGGAUGGUUUUGACCGGUGGGACGAGCGUGGUCAACGGCAUGGCCCUAGAUUGGGUGGCUGGCAACCUGUACUGGACGGAGACGGACAAAGGGAUCAUUAAAGUCUCCACCAAAACAGGGGCUUUCCAGCGCGUGCUGAUAAAGGAUCUGAUCAAUCCUUUUGGCAUUGUCGUGCACCCUGGGCGUGGGUGA